UGAAGCACCAAGAUUUCGAAGAAUAUCUUUUCAUUCUUGAGAAUUUCCCAAAAAGAGUCAUUCAUCCAAUCCUACUUAGCAUCAUAAAUCCCCGACUUAUACACCAGCUAGUAUAAUAAGUGCUUACUGGACGGUUACCCCUCCGCGGCAACAAAGCUGAGAGACAAACAACUUUCUUCCUCCUCCACAUUCCCACCUCCUUCGGAGAGUCCUGGCCCCCUAUUCCAUUGACUGGCAACACUAUCCAAUAUGACGAAUCCGGAACUUCGCGCGCAGGUCAUACAUAUAUACAAGGAGCUACUCUUCCUUGGUCGCAAUUACCCCCUAGGCUACGAAUAUUAUCGGAACAGGUUACAUAAAGCGUUUUCCAGCCAAGCGCAUCUGGAUAAUGAGGAACAGAUCCGAAAAGGUAUUGCUAGAGCGGAAUUUGUCAAAAAGGAAAUCGAAGCAUUGCUUGAUACUAGUUCAUCUAUAUUUGAUUCUGCCGAUCAGCCAUGUGUAUCCGAAUACUCAUCGUCUCAUAAUUAUCGAGAUAAAUCAGGCUCGACAAUGUCAGCGCCAAUGCUGACCAAAAGCGCCCAGGUACUAUCUGAAGCGAUAUCGCACUCUGAAACAGCGCUAUGAAAAUUAAAUGAUCCCGGCCGUUGAAAAUACCAUGGAGCCUUAAUAACACGUUCUCAAGAAUAUUACACCAAGGAAUAUAUAUAUGCGAAAACUGAAAGGAGAAAAAGUGGGGUAUCA